AUGGCAAGCCACCAGGAGAUAAAGGUGUUUCUGUCUCUUCUGUUGGUUGCCGUUGCUUGCAUGAAGUUUCUAACCCAAACCUUGCAAUGUUACACUUGCCUUGAACAUACUGCUGUUGGUAAGUGCCUGACGAUCCAGAACUGCACGAAGAAUGAAACCACGUGUAAGACCACUAUGUAUUCCCUGGAGGAAGCUUAUCCCUUCACGAGAGUCUUGACGGUCACCAAGAUGCGCUUUUCUGUCUGCACCUCAUCCGACGUGGACGAGAUUGGCGUGACGCACCUCGUCUCCUGCUGUUACUCUGACUUGUGCAACACUGAUGGCGCAGCUAGUCUGAGGAUCAGCUUUGUGCCAGUUGGGAUGCUUGCAAGUUCCCUUUGUGCCCUCUUCUGGACUAGACUGUGA